AUGCCCCCUCCCUUGCCGGAUGCAUCUGGCGACGUGUCAAACGCAUCAAUUCUCAUGUUACAGGCCAAUUUUUCCAACAGCCUGACUUUGUUGACAACAGCGCCCUCCGUGAAUGACUUUCUGAAGGCUACGGAUGGCCCUUUCGCCCGUCUGAGGAGCCUGGUUGGACAACACACUUCCACAAAAGAUAUGCCACAGUUCCAACCCCUUGCCCCCCUUGAGGAUGUUGUAAAGAACAUUGUGCAAGAGCCACGGGGGCACACCUCCGUCAAGGCAGUCAGAGGUAUUGGGAAUAUACUUGAUGAAGCAUCCGUGAUAGACGACCUCAGCUUUGAAGAAAAGGGGGAAGUCCCCCAAGAAGUAAUGAAGAAGUUCCGCUCUCAUAAUGCGACUGAUACAGGCCAAACCGCUUGGCAGACAUGGCUUAAGCUUCACCGACUCGAUAGCCAAGAUGCAGCAAGCCUCUGCAAGUCGGAGCAUCUGGAAAUCGAGGAGAAGUAUCCAGACAGGGCGGACGAAGCAAAAGCCUUUUAUGACAAAGUUCUCGUGCAUUACGGAGACAUUAUUUUGUCUAAGGACGAAAGAGAGACCCAACCUAAUGAAAGUCUCCACCUGCUUCAGAAAAUGACAGGACAAUAUGCAGCACAGGUCUGUGCACUUAGUUCCACCCAUCCCAUUGGCAUUGCUGUAGUGGGAUUUGUAGCGGAUGAGACCGUCCCCCGGAACAAAAUGGUGAAGGCUAUGGGUCUGCCACUCACCGAGGAUGCAGCCCUUGCCAUAAGAAAUCUGUAUGAUGGCAUAAAGGCUUUCAGCCCAUACCAACCCGAUAUCAGCAAACAGAGCCUGGACAAAUACCUGACGGUGAAGAUGGAGGCCAUGGACGAAAACGACAUCGAUUAUCAUACACAGAUAUUGAAAAGGAAAGACGGCCUUGCCAUGGCAGACAAGUCAUAUGGCCCACAUAGCCGACGCUGCACUGAGGCUGCUGCGCAGCUUAAAACAAUGAUACAUACGUCCUACUUUGACAGAGCACUUCACAUUGCCUAUCUGAUAUCUGGUGUCAGAGGAGGCAACCUCUACCACUCCGACCCUGAACAGAAAUUGAGAAUCGAGACAAUGACAGAAGGUAAGGGAAUGUCAGUGAAGUUCCAAAGGGCACAGCUGAUGGGUUACAACUCACCAGAGGAGUAUGAGAAGCGUGAGGUGCUCCAUUACGCACCUGAUGCAAAUGGGAGUGUUGGCAAAUACAUGCUACCUGAAAAUGAGGCAGACUUACCAGACUCACCGGAAGGGAAUACGGUCGGAGACGGUAAGAUAGAGUCUCCAUCUCCCAAGCGAGUUAGGAAGAAGUCCAAAGCCACCCGCAUGCAUGCUCCAGCAAAGGCCAAGCCUCCUUGCAUGGUUCCUGGGAACAACAGUCAGGUGAAUGAAGCUAGACUGCCACAGAAUAAGGCAGUAGGACCACAGGGUGAUGACGUGGUAUCGGGGACACCGGAUAAUAACUCACCUGUAUCCAGCGGGUCAUUGUCACUGAUACUCCCUUCAAAGAUAGAGCCGCUCAACUUGUUGAAGCUGAAGGCCACUCACAUGCAUGCUUUAGCAAAGGCCAAGCCCCCUCGCAUGAGGCCCAGGAACAGCAGUCAGGUGGAUGGAGCCAGACUGCCACAGAAUGAGGUGACAGGAGCACAGGAGGAUGAGGUGGUACCAGAGACAGUGUCACCGAGUAACAGCUCACCUUUAUCAAGCGGGUCCUUAUCACUGAUACUCCCUUCAAAAAUAGAGCCGCUCAACCUGCCCACGUUCUCACUGGAAGUACGCUCCAGAUCCCAACCGGAAUGCAAGCUGCAACUCACUGACAUCCCGCAAAAUGAUGUCUUCAUGGAACGAACUAGCAAAACGGUUCCAGAAUCGCAUACCUCAAUGGUUAUCCCUCCUAUUAGGUUGAUUCAUCCAACCCCCAACAGCACUCCAGCUAGAGGGCAAUCGAUGUCAGGAUCGAAUAAUAAUGGGAUUACGUAUCUCACUGUGAACAAAGGGCCAACACCCCGGGCAUGCUCAGAGAUGCCAUCUUCCACAACAAGCACGAGUGUGGUUCGUUCGGAGGCACUAUUGAAAGAAAAUGUCAAAUGCUUGGUGGAGAUCGACAUCAUUAAACUGCACAUCGACAAGAAGGUACCACCUCCUGAAACCUUGGACACAGCUCAGCACUGGGAAAUCGUUAGGGACGUUGGAGAUGAGCUUCGUGGUAAAGGUGCCAAUGUAGGAAGACUUGCCGGGGACAUCCGACGAAAUGUUGCCUGGUUGAAGGAUAGCCCAACAUUACGCUAA